GUUAAUCUUCUUGGUGAUGUUCGACAUCCAAAUUUGGUAAAGCUGAUUGGAUACUGCAUCGAGGAUGAUCAGAGAUUGCUGGUGUAUGAGUUUAUGCAACGUGGAAAUUUGGAGAACCAUCUUUUCAGAAGAUCCCGGGAUUUGCCAUGGUCGAUUAGAAUGAAGAUUGCACUUGGUGCAGCAAAAGGCCUUGCUUUUCUUCACGAGGAAGCCGAGAGACGAGUAAUAUAUCGUGAUUUCAAGACAUCCAAUAUCCUGUUAGAUGCUGAUUUCAAUGCCAAGCUCUCGGAUUUUGGCCUCGCUAAAGCUGGUCCUGAGGGCGACAAGACUCACGUAACAACGAGAGUGAUGGGAACGUACGGAUAUGCAGCCCCGGAGUAUGUGAUGACAGGACAUCUGACAUCGAGGAGUGAUGUCUACAGUUUCGGCGUUGUGCUGCUGGAGAUCAUGACAGGGAGGCGAACGAUGGACAAAAGACGACCGGCCGGGGAGCAAAACCUGGUGGAGUGGGCACGUCCAUACCUGGGAAACAAACGACAGUUCUACAGGAUUAUAGAUCCUCGUCUGCACGGCAACUUCUCCGUCAAGGGAGCUCAGAAGGUGGCACAGUUGGUGCAGGCUUGUGUCGGCCGGAACGCCAAGGCUCGACCGCUGAUGAGCGAGGUGGUGGAGGUUCUCAAACCUUUGGUCGAUCUCAACGACAUCGCCAGCAGCUCCUCCUCCUUCCGGGCCAUGACGAAGGAACGCGCUGCUUCGAUUGCCGCCUCCCACCCGAUCGAGAGCAACACACAGCAGCCGAAGAGGAGCAGCAUCUCGCGUGGCUCUUCCCCGUAUCCCCACCCGAUGAGGAGCUUGUCGCAUGGCAGUGAACCAUAGGGAUCGAGCAUGCGUGCUUUCUCAGUCACAUCGAGGAACUCAGGACUACAAUUGAG